CAAUCUUAUUUCAAAAUCCGCUGCGAAACGGUUAGCAUUCGAAAAAUAUUGCGCGUAAUUUCGGUGUUUGUUUGUUCGCAAGCACACUCGUCUAUUGAGUGAAAAUAUUUCGUCAAUUCAUUUCGGUGAUUUAUAUUCACAGUUGUUUGUGUGUAUUUUUGUACAGAAUUGCGCUGAUUUCGAAAAUUAUAUUCACUUCUUUCACCAUUUCAUACACUGAAUUUCAUAUAUUUUUUGUAUUUUUCGGUGGUCGGUGUUCUGUGUCGGCAUUAGUUUGUUAGCGGCUUAAAGCGCCAAAGUGUGACAGUUUUAUAUGAAAUUCGUGAUCGGUGGCACACAUUUCGCCAUGCGUUUUCUAUAUACAACUUUCUUCAAACUGGCAUAGACGUCAGCGUAAGAAUUACCCAUAAGUCGUCAGUCGUCGAAGUCAUUUAGUUUGUGAAAAUGUGCGCGUUCGCGUCAAAACAUUUAAGCAGCUGAAAAACUGCACUCUCCAUAUUUAUCGAAAUCGUUUUAAUAAAAUAUAUGAUAUAUAUACACAUACAUAUAUGUAUAUGCAUUGAAGUUUAAGCAGCACUGCACACGAGUGUAAUUUAUUUCAUGUGCAAUUUUAUUGCUAAUGGAUGCGAAUAAAAUAUAUUAAAAGUAUAUAUGUACAUAUAAUAAAAUCAAAAUUUAUAAAAGUAAAAACUAUUGUGGCCAAUAAAAACAAAAUAUAUGUUAAUAUAAAUGAAAUAAGUGGCUCUGUGAAAAAUAUUUAAAAAUUAAUUUUUAAAAAUUUACAACUCAACAAUAUUCUUCAUCGAAAUUCUAUACAUAAAUAUAAAUAUAUAUAUACAUAUAAACCUCACUCCAACAAAUAAUAAUCAAGCCAAUUAUCGCUUAAACAUUCAAAAUACCUGUAAAUAAUUAACUUGGAUAAUUUUGAAAUUGAAUGAGCCCAAUGAGUGGCCUACGGCAACAAUUAAAGAUGCUGGGAACAGCAUUGCUUGGGAAACGUACCCCGAAGUCUGUGAAAAAGAAACCAUUUACAGAGGUGGAAAUAAGUGAUUUGCGAACUGCAUUCGAUCUCUUAGAUAGAAAUCGUGAUGGGCGUGUCACAGCAAAUGAGCUGCAAUUUAUGUUAAAAAAUCUGGGCAUAAAUGUGCGAGACGAAAUCAUACACGAUCUCAUACGUGAGGCAAGCCAUUCUGGAAAUGGGUUAAUCAACGAGGCUGAAUUCCUGCAGUGGGUGGGACGCAUUCAGGCGUUACGUGAUGAACAACAACAACAACAGCAGCAGCAAGAAGAGAAUGCAAGCAAACCAGAGGAGAACGAUGAUGUCACCGAAGAUUUAAUCGCCGCAUUUAGGGUAUUUGAUCGUGACGGCAAUGGCUUCAUUACCCGCGACGAGCUGCAAACCGCCAUGGAAAUGAUUGGAGAACCCCUCUCAGAAAUACAACUCACACAAUUAUUGGCCAUAGCCGAUUUGGAUCAAGACGGCCGAAUUAAUUACGAAGAAUUUACGAGACUUUUACUUUAAAGUGAUGAACGCCCAUAAAACUGAGCAUACUUACAAAUAAAUAUUAGCGAUGCAACAGCAAGCAAACUACAAUGUCAACAACAAAUAUAUGCAAAACUUUAUAUAUACACAUACAAUAUAUAUCUACAACAGUGCAGCAUACUCAAGUUACAUAAGUACUAAGCUGAAAUAUGUCUAAUAUCGAACUCUUUCUUGGCAACACAAAUUUAAAGAAAUAAAAUAAAAAAACAUAUUUUGUAAAUUUGUCAGCGUUUAUCUGCUGGAACCAGAAGCAAGCUAAGCCGCAGCUGGAGGGUGGUGGUGUUGGUUGGCGAUCAUGAAAGUCACAAAUGCUUCAAAUUGUAGUUCAUAGUUUGUUAAUUUAAAUCAUUUAAUUUAUUUAUAGUUUCACACAAGAAUGUACACAUUAAAACACCAACACACAAACAAUAAUAAACACACAUGUAUACAUAUAGUUAGUCUAAGUUAAUUUUUAAUGGUAAUAAAAGUACAGUAAUGUGGAGGUAAAUAGAAGCGUUUGUAAAAAAAUUAAGAUUUUGACUAAAAUUUUGUUACAAAUUGAUGCAGAAGAAAAUGAAUUAAAAUUUAACAAUUUGAAAAGAGAAAAAGAAAUUUUUCAAUUAAAUUAUCUAAAUUAAUUGCAUUGAAUUUUACUGAUUCGUAAAAACUAAAUAAAAAAUGUAAAAUAAUUCGUAUAAGUCUGAGCGCGAGAGUGAUAAAUUUUUGUGUUAAGGGUGCUGCAAUAAAUGAGUCAAAAUUCUAUUAUAUGAGAGCUAAAAGAAGUGUAUUAGAGACAAAAAAAACAACAACAUUGUUCAGAUGAUGAUUUAUGUAUCGAUGCAAGCUAAAGUAAAUAAGAAAUAUAUAUUCAGCAAAAUAUAAUGCAAUUUGCAGCAAAUUUAAUUAAUAUUUACAUGAAAAACAAGAAACAAAAUGAAAUUUUCCAUAUUGUCUUACCACAAAAAAAAAAAAAAACAAAAA